UUUUCAGUAAAGAAGAAAUAAAAGAUUCACAGAUGAAGAUUUUCCAGGAAAGGACUUUGAAUUAAAGACGACUUUUUAUAUUUAACAAGUAUUAUCAUCUGUAAUGAAGAUAACUGUGAAUCAGAAGAUUGAGUAAGGCAUUGUAACAUUGGACCUGGAUUAGAGAUUUAGAAAAGAAAGUUAAAAUUAGUCACUUUGGUUUUAGUGUUCCAAUUUCAUAAUAUUUAUUUUUUUCUAAGUUGACUUAGGGAGUAGAAAUUAAAAAUUCAGUGGUGUACCAAAGGACACACUAAUAUUUGUUCUGGCAUUUUUUUUCUUUUUGUGUGAGAAAAGAGUAGAUAGCCAAGAGCUAUAGUGAUUCAUAAUGAAAUAUACUAAAUGCAAUUUUAUGAUGUCAGUUUUUGGCAUUAUAAUCUAUAUAACUGACUUAAUUGUGGACAUCUGUGUAUCUGUCAGGUUUUUCCAUGAAGGACAAUAUGUUUCUGGUAUUUUAACAUUAAGCUUUAUGCUUUUUGGAACACUUGUGGUCCAGUGUUUUAGUUAUUCUUGGUAUAAAGCCGAUUUAAAGAAGACAGGCCAAGAGAGUGAGCAUUGUUUUCUUCUACUUCAUUGCUUGCAAGGAGGAGUUUUUGUGAGGUAUUGGUUUGCCUUGAAAAAGGGUUACCAUGUGGCUUUUAAAUAUAGCAGCAACACUAAUAACUUCAUGGAAGAGCAAAUUGAUACACAUAAAGAAAUUAUAGACAGAGUGACUGAUCUGAGCAUGCUCAGGCUAUUUGAGACCUAUCUGGAAGGCUGCCCUCAACUUGUUCUUCAGCUCUACAUCUUCCUGAAGCAUGGUGAAGCAAAUUUCUUUCAGUAUGCGGCCAUCAUGGUUUCUUGCUGUGCUAUUUCUGGGUCAACUGUUGAUUUUCAAAUAGCUUUAAGAAAAUCCUUGCCUGAUAAAAAUCUCCUUAAGGGAGUCUAUCCCAGAGUCACAUACCUCAUUUACAAGGUGUUUACAUUGUUAUCUUGGACAUUGAGUGUUGUACUUCUACUGUUUGUAAAUGUUAAUAUUGCUUUAUUUCUAUUGUUAUUUCUUUGGCUUGUAGGUUUAAUAUGGGCAUUUAAAAAUCAAACUAAGUUUUGUAAUUCCAGAAGUAUGGAAUACUUAUAUAGAAUUGUUGUUGGAUUUAUUCUUGUGUUUACAUUUUUUAACAUUAAGGGACAGAAUACCAAAUGUCCAAUGUCUUGCUAUUAUAUUGUAAGGGUACUGGCCACAGUGGGGAUACUGAUUGUGUUCUGGGCUUAUCCAUUAUCUAUUUUUAGCUCAGACUAUUUUAUACCUAUCAGUGUCACUAUAGUUCUUACUCUUCUGCUUGGAAUUAUUUUUCUUAUUGUUUAUUAUGGAAUUUGCCACCCAAAUAGAAGUGAAGAAACAAAAUAUGAUGAAACUGAUGGAAAAUCAGCUCAAAGAGAUUGUAGAAUGAGGUAUUUCCUAAUGGAAUAA